GGGUUUCCGGAUUCCUCAUCAGUGGCUUCUAAGAAGCACACAGGAAACGGGGAAGAACACCAAGAAACCCCUCGAAUCGCUCCCCCACAGAACCGUAAAUUUUUUUCGAUUCCGAACGGCGGAGGCAUUAAACCCCCUCGUGUAACGAAUCCGAGCCGCCCGCGAGCAACUCCCGACCGCAGGACAGAUUAAAGAACUUUUUCGAGUGAAGAAGACCUGAACUAUAAUUUCUUCUUCUUCUUCUUCUUCUUGUGCUGGAACGAUCCAAGACCCAUCCUUUCUUGUGACCUUCUAUUAGACCGGACAUUGAAUUCCACAACUGUUACCUAGAUCUGUUGGUCUUGUUGAAGGAUUUUUGGUCUUGAUCGACAAAAUCUAUCUUGAUCUCGUAAAAAUGUUUAAAUCUGGUGUUUACUACGAGAACUCCUUUUGUGGGGAGGUUCAAAUUUAUCCCCAGAAUCCGAACAUCGGCUCAAGGAUCAGGGAGAUCCAGAUCUCCCAUCUCUCGCCUUCCAGCGAGCGGUGCCAACCGCUCGCCCUUCUACAUACCGUCACCUCCGGCGGCGUCUGCAUCAAGGUGGAGUCGACGUCAACAUCAACCGAUGAUUCGCCAUUAUUCCGUUUGCACACUACUCUCGCCAGAGAGAAUAAGACUGCUGUUGUUCAGCAAGGCAAAGAAGAGCUGCACCUCGUGGCCAUGACAUCCAGAAAGAAUCCGAUGCCAUAUUCUUGUUUCUGGGGGUUCAGUGUUCCAUCACAAUUGUAUGAAUCUUCUCUGCUGAUGCUGAACCUAAGGUGCCUUGGUAUUGUGUUCGAUCUUGAUGAAACACUUCUAGUUGCUAAUACCAUGCGCUCAUUUGAGGACCGGAUCGAUGCUCUUCAGCGAAAAAUAAAUAAUGAAACAGACCCUCAGCGCGUUGCUGGUAUGCUAAUGGAGAUUAAGCGGUACCAAGAUGACAAGUCAAUUUUGAAACAAUAUGCUGAAAAUGACCAGGUCAAUGAAAAUGGAAGGUUGUUCAAGGUUCAAUCAGAGAUGGUCCCACCUUUGUCUGAUAGCCAUCAAUUGAUUGCACGCCCAGUAAUACGGUUGCAAGAGAAAAACAUCAUUCUAACGCGUAUAAAUCCAUCAAUACGAGAUACGAGUGUUCUUGUUCGAUUAAGGCCUUCAUGGGAAGACCUCCGGAGCUAUUUAACAGCAAGAGGACGGAAGCGUUUUGAGGUCUAUGUUUGCACAAUGGCUGAAAGAGAUUAUGCAUUGGAAAUGUGGAGGCUUUUAGACCCAGAUUCUAGCUUGAUUAAUUCUUCAAAACUACUUGACCGCAUAGUUUGUGUUAAGUCAGGCUCAAGAAAGUCGCUGCUCAAUGUCUUUCAAGAUGGAAUCUGCCAUCCGAAGAUGGCACUUGUGAUUGAUGAUCGUCUAAAAGUCUGGGAUGAAAAAGAUCAAUCACGAGUUCAUGUUGUCCCUGCUUUUGCCCCAUAUUAUGCUCCUCAAGCAGAGGCCAAUAGCACCAUCCCAGUUUUAUGUGUUGCAAGAAAUGUUGCCUGUAAUGUCAGAGGUGGUUUUUUCAAGGCUUUUGAUGAAGGAAUAUUACCACGAAUAAGUGAAAUUUUAUAUGAAGAUGAAAUGAAAGAUAUUCCACCUGCUCCAGAUGUGGGCAACUUCUUGAUAUCAGAGGAUGACACUUCGACAUCAAAUGUAAACAAAGACCAGUUAUGUCACAAUGGCAUGGCAGAUGCAGAGGUUGAGAGAAAAUUGAAGGAAGCAAGUUGCAGUGUCCAAGCUGUUCAUCCCAUGGUCACUAACUUUGUGCAGCGACCAGUAUCUUCUCAACAUGUUGCUUCUUCAUUUGGUACUUCACUGACUGCUAUGCAGAUGAUGGUGCCUUUACCUAAUGAUCAAUGCUCUCAGUCUGUUGCAGUAGGUAGGCCCUUAGGCCAAUUGGCCUUUCCAGAACCUAGCUUUCAAGGCUCUCCUUCUAGGGAAGAGGGUGAGGUUCCUGAAUCAGAACUAGAUCCAGACACAAGGAGAAGGCUUCUCAUAUUGCAACAUGGUCAAGACACGAGAGAACCUCCUACCUCUUUUCCUAUGAACCCCCCGCUUCAUGUCUCAAUUCCUUCUGUACAACCACAAGGAAGUUGGUUUCCGUUGGAAGAAGAGAUUAAACCAAGACAAGAAAACACAGCAUCAAAAGAGUUUAUCAGAGAACUAGAUCAUGCACGGUAUAAAAAACGGUUUAGGCAUCCAUCUUUCAUGCAUGGCGGAGAGAACUCUGUUCCUUACGAUAGAGUUCAUGAACCUAGAAGAUCACCUUUGAAUAAUGGAGGCGACCGUGUGUGGCAAAAUAAUUCCUUGUCAAACUUCAAUUCCUUUAAAGGUGACAAGGUGCCUAUGGGGCGAAACUUUUCAAGCUACAAAGAUGCCCAGUUUGAAACCAGACAGGCUACUAUAAAGCAGGCAGAAUCUCCUGCUGGAAUUUUACAGGAAAUAGCGAUGAGAUGUAGAAAUAAGGUGGAGUUUCGAAGCACUCUUUGUGAUACUGCAGAACUGCAGUUUUCAAUUGAGGUUUGGUUUGUUGGAGAAAAGUUAGGUGAGGGGGUUGGCAAAACGAGGAAAGAAGCCCAACAUCGAGCUGCUGAGAUCUCCGUUCGGAAUUUGGCUGAUAAAUACUUGUCAAAUGCUCUCACGGGCCCUAAUACUGUGCAUGGAGAUCUACCUAAGCUGCCUCAAGCCAAAGAAAAUGGUCUUUUAAGUGAAUUAAAUUCAUAUGGAUAUCAGCCAUGCUCCAGGAAUGACCUUUUACUUGUUGCAAGUACAUCAGAAAAUUCUCAUUCCAUGGAUCAGAGAUUAGAAGGCUCAAGAAAAACAUCUUCUAUUACUUCUCUCAAAGAACUAUGUGUCAUGGAGGGUUUCGACCUUGUUUUUCGAGCUGAACCUUCAACCUCAAAUGGUUCAGUUAGUAAAGGGGAAGUGUCGGCACAGGUAGAAAUAGCAAGACAGAUCUUGGGGAGAGGAGUUGGAACAACCUGGGUGGAAGCUAAGCUCCAGGCUGCUGAACAAGCUCUUGGAACUUUGAGAUCCAUGCUUGGUCAAUUCACUCAAAAACACUCUAGUUUACCAGGGUCAAUGUCAAUAACAGCGAACAAGCGGUCCAGGCCAAUUUUCACGGAUGCUGCAUAGAUUUCCCAUCUUCUGGGUGAUACUCUAAAAGUGAAAUUCCAGUGCCUCGAGGACUAUGCUACAACUUCAAUGGUUCUCUGCUAAAGUACAUGGUCGCAGCAAGAGCAAGGACACCAAGCCCUGACGACACCGAGCAGUCUUCUCCACAAAGUUGAUAGAGCUAUAUCUCAUGCAUUUUUGGGCACCUCAAUCAGAAUAUCUCAUCUGGAAGCAUGUGUUUUACAUAUCGCUGCUAAUUAUAUGUUUCUGUGAUGAUUACUGUUUGGGAUCACUCCACCGAUUGAACCUUUCAAUUGUGGGGACAAUGUUUGAAGUUAUAGUAGUAUCACCUGUUGCUGAUACACCUUGUUGCCUCGUACUUCCGAGAUCCCAAAAACUAUUAAGAUCACCAGAGUUGCAUCAUUGAUUUUUUUUUUUAUGGUUCCAACAUUAUCUAGUUUGUGAUGAUCAGAUUGGAGGGAAAUGAAUCACCUUCCAGUCAAGAAAGUCAUUAUUUGUAAACAUUCAUCAUUUGCCAACAGCGAGUUUUAUCGAGUCGAUAGAGUGCUUUAACCUACUCCA